AUGGGAAGAGUUCGUACUAAGACUAUCAAAAGAGCCGCUAGGCAAAUUGUCGAGAAAUACUAUGCUAAACUUACUCUCGACUUUCAAAUAAAUAAGAAAAUAACAGAGGAAGUUGCAAUCAUUCCAUCAAAAAGAAUGAAAAACAAAGUUGCUGGCUUCGUUACACAUUUAAUGAAAAGAAUCCAAAAAGGACCAGUUAGAGGUAUUAGUUUAAAACUUCAAGAAGAAGAAAGAGAAAGACGUUUGGAUUUCGUACCUGAAAAAUCUCAAAUCGAUGUUAAUGUAAUAUAUGUAGAACCAGAUACUGUAAGAAUGAUUAAAUCUUUGGGAAUUAAUAUAAGCAACAUGAAAAUCCACAACCCAAUGAUUAAUACAAAUCAUCAAAAACAAAACAGAAUGAACAACCAAUACUAA